GCUGCAUCGCGCGUGAGCGCCGUAGGCCUCGGCCAAAACACGAGCGACACAGCCAUUAUUGAACGCUGCAACGCUGCAGCGCCAAGUGCAACGAAUUUGACUGCCGGAGACCUCUCACAAAGAUGGCAGUCACCAUCACCCUCUUGCUAAUGCGCCACGGCCUCAGCUGCUCCAACGUGUUGGAUGGAUGCAUGACGCACAUCGAGAAUGUUGAUCAAGCCUUCCAGCCGCACAUCUUCGACGCCAUCGACCGCGAAUUGGUAGAAACGCCCUUCGACCGCGCCGUCGGCUACGGCGCGGCGGAAAUUAAGGGAGACGACUGCACUCUGGUAUUGGAGCGGCCGGACCAGACGACAGCGAAAGUGCGGCUCCACGACGCCUACCGGGACCCGAAGCUCACGGACUGCGGCGUCGAGCUGUCCAGGAGAGCGGGCGUCGCGUUGCGGCGGCGGUAUUCAAAGCCGGCGCUCGUCAUGUCGUCGACAUUGCAACGAGCCCGAGAGACGGCGCAGCACGUCUAUCCUGACGCUGUUGUUGAAGAGGCGCCGUUCCUGGCCGAGCGCGCGCCCUCAAAUCCGGAGAUCCAGCUCGACAACGAGCCGCGCGCGCUGGACGGCGCGUCGCUC